GUCCAAAACACCAAGAUGGCCGUUAAACCCAAACCCGCCCGGCCCUCCUCUCGCUACCUCGACCGCCUCCUCCUGUCUCUCCGCAACAAAAAGCGGCUCCCCACCCGCAUUUGGCCCGACGACGACCAUCCCCUCCCUCGCCGCCCCAAGCCCUCCUCCUCCUCCUCCUCCGACGUCUCCGCCGCCGACUCCACCGACGACCGGCCGCCCCCUCUAAAGCUCAGCAACCCUCUCCUCCGCGCCCUCGAGUCCUCCGCUGUCAACACUCCGCAGUUCUCCCAGGCCCUCGCCCAGCUUCUCGUCUCUGGCCUCGCCCGCCACCCCCUCGCCGCCGGCCGCGCCAUCAAGGCCCUCUGCUCCUCCCCCUCUUCCCUCCCCUGCGCCGUCUCCCUCUUCUCCGCCGUCGAUGGCCCGGACGCCUUCCUCUCCAACACCAUCAUCCGCUCCUACCUCUCCUCCGGCCGCCCCGAGGACGCCGUCUCCUUCCUUCGCCACCACGCGACACCGUCCGUCGUCCCUCCCAACCACUUCACCUUCCCUCUCCUCGCCAAGCUCUUCGCCGAGCUCGGCCUGGCCUUGGAGGGCCAGAGCGCCCACGCCCUGAUUGCAAAAUUGGGUUUUGAGGCCGAUUUGUUCAUCCGGAACUCUCUGAUCUACAUGUACUCUACUUUUGGUGACGUUGAUGCCGCUAAAAGGCUUUUUGAUUCGGAUUUCGAAUCAGAUUUGGUCACCUGGAAUUCCAUGGUUGAUGGUUAUGUGAAGAACGGGAUGAUAGCUUCCGCCCGUCAGUUGUUCGAUGAAAUGCCCGCGAGGGAUGUGGUCGGUUGGAAUGUGAUGAUUGCCGGGCAUGCUGGAGCUGGAGAUAUGGAUGCUGCAAAGGAACUGUUCUUAUCGAUGCCCGAGAGGGAUGUUGUCUCUUGGAACUCAAUGAUCGAUGGAUAUGCUCGGACCGGAGAAGUUGGGUUUGCUCGAGAGUAUUUUGAUGCGUUGCCAGAUAAAAACUCGGUGUCUUGGAAUAUAUUGUUGGCUCUAUACACAAGGACUAAGGAUUAUGAAGAGUGCUUGAAGUUGUUUGAUUGUAUGCUGGCAGUGGGAGAUGUAAAACCGAAUGAGGCCACCUUUGUCAGUGUCUUGACAGCUUGCGCGAAUCUGGGCCGGCUUGAGAGAGGACAAUGGGUGCAUUCUUUGAUCAAAGAUGGCCCUAUAAAGAUCGAGCUUGAUGUGUUGCUUUCGACGGCGCUAUUGACGAUGUAUGCCAAGUGUGGGGUUAUGGAAUUGGCAAAAGAAGUGUUCGACUCGAUGGAGGAGCAAAGUGUUGUGUCAUGGAAUUCCAUGAUUGUUGGAUAUGGUUUACAUGGGCAUGGUGAGAAGGCACUCGAAAUGUUCAUGGAGAUGGAGAAGAGAGGGCCAAGGCCUAAUGAGGCAACCUUUGUCUGCAUUUUGAGUGCCUGCGCUCAUGCCGGUAUGGUGUUGGAAGGAUGGCGAUGUUUUGAUCGGAUGAUUCGCUACUAUGGCAUUGAGCCUAAGGUCGAGCACUUUGGCUGUAUGAUGGAUCUCCUUAGUCGAGCAGGAUUGCUGAAGGAUUCUGAGGAGCUUGUGAAGCGGAUGCCCGCUGAGCACACCCCAGCCUUGUGGGGUGCUUUGGUGGCAGCAGCUAGAACUCAUUGUGAUUGGGAGCUUGGAGAGACUGUAGGUAGAAAGUUGAUUGAGAUACAACCUAGAGAUGUGGGACCUUAUGUGUUGUUGUCAAACAUAUAUGCUGCUAGAGGUAGAUGGAAUGAUGUAGAGAAGGUCAGGGACAUGAUGAAGGAGAAUGGCUUGGAAAAGGCAGCAGGAUUUAGUUCGGGAAUUUGAUAAGAGGUCAAGAAACCUACAGUAUGCAGUGUGGUUGGAUGAGCUAUAUACAUUGUACAAGUCAAGAACACAAAUUAGAGACAUUGAUACAUUGAUUUCUCUAAUUGUUUUAAAGGGAAAGGAGGUCAGAGUAUGAGCAAGUUGAGAGGCAAAAGGCAGUAUGACAAACAAUCCAAAACAUCAAGGACAGAUCUCACAGGAUGUAGAGAGCGACUGAGAAGAAGCAUGCUUUCAGUGGCCAAAAUGAUUAGAAUGGCAAGGUGAAUAAUUCACUAGCAAAUUGAGCCAUUCCAAAAUUAUUAGGAUCAUCAAUAUAGUUAGGGUGUGUUUGGUUUAUGGUAGGAUUGGAAUUAGAAUGGAUUGAAAUCGAAAUAGUCACGUCUGAAUGCAUCUAGUUUGUGACCGAAAUCGGAAUGGGAUUUGAAUUCUA